AUGAAAGAAGUGUUGGGGAGUGCUCGUACAGAAUUCGACCUUGUCAUCGUUGAAUACUUUGAGCCAGAUUGUGUGUCGUACAUUGCAACUAAGCUCAACUUGCCUUUGAUUUAUGUCACACCAAUUGCCAGCCAAUGCCUUUAUGGAUCGCACAAUCACCGGUCACGUCUCAAAUCCGUCAACGAUCAUGGAAAUGUUUUUUUAUGCAUGCGGUUUCUAAAACUUGCAUUCAGAGAUUAA